GGAUUUGUUAAUUACAUUGUUUUUAUGUUGUUUUGCUCGUUUGUAUUAUGAAAUUAUCUGUCACAGUUUCGUAAUGCAUAACUGUGCCAUUUUAUGUUAAAAGUGUGCCGUGAUGUUAAUCAGAAAAGUUGCGCUUGCAGUUUCUGGCGGUGUAGAUAGUGCCGUUGCCGGUAUUUAUUUAAAAUCGAAAGGUUAUGAUGUACACGGAGUUUUUAUGAAGAAUUGGGAUGUAAUAGACGAGACUGGUGCCUGUUCAUCCCAGAAAGAUGAAGAGGAUGCAGAAUGGGUUUGUAACAAGCUACAAAUUCCAUUUCAUCGUGUAAAUUUUGUCAAAGAGUACUGGAUUGAUGUGUUCAGUAACCUGGUGAAGGACUAUGAAUCUGGAUACACACCAAAUCCUGACAUACUGUGUAACAAGCAUAUAAAAUUUGACAAAUUUUUUAAAUAUGCAGUGGAAACACUUGGUUGUGAUGCAGUUGCUACUGGUCAUUAUGCUCGAACAUCAUUUGGAGAGUAUUUAGAGGAUUAUAAACCAUCUAAAGGUGUACACUUACUGAUUCCAGUUGAUAGAUUCAAAGAUCAAACAUUUUUCCUUAGCCAGGUCAAGCAAGAAUCUCUCCAGAGAACACUGUUUCCACUUAGCAAUUUAACAAAGGACAGAACAAAACUGAUUGCCUGUGAGGCAGGUUUUGACAUCAUUGCCAAUAAGAGAGAAAGCACUGGUAUUUGUUUCAUCGGAACAAGAAAUUUUCAGAGAUUUAUUUCAGAGUAUGUCAGAGAUAAACAAGGUGCAUUCGUGGAUAUAGACACUGGGCAUAUUGUUGGUGAACAUAAAGGAAUACACCACUGGACACUCGGACAAAGGUGUCGUUUUGGUGGUAUGAAGAAACCGUAUUUUAUAGCCCAAAAAGAUGUAGAAAGAAACAUCAUCUAUGUGGCUGCAGGUACAGACCAUCCCUGUCUCUAUUCCAAAUUCAUGCUGGCAUCUGGAAUGAACUGGAUUCAUUCAGUCCCAAAAUCUCUAAGGAAAAAUGGAGUGUUGAAUUGUAUGUUCCGUUUCCAACAUACAAAACCACUGACUCCAUGCAAGGUCUCAUUUAUCAACAAAAAUGAUAUUCUGAUAGAACUUGCGGAAAGUCUGAGAGCACUUACACCAGGACAGUAUGCUGUGUUUUACACCAAUCAGGAAUGCUUGGGCAGUGCGAGAAUUCAUAAUGUAGCCUGUUCUCUGCAGGCUUUGAAGAAACUGAAAUGUUAAUACUUGGGUGUUUGUGUGUUAAUAAUGUUGAAACUUGGAGACAAUUAAAUUUUUGUUGCA